CGAAUCUUAGCACACAUUUAAAAAAAUGUGCCACAUACUUAGCUAAAAUUAGUAGUGGUCAAACACAAAUCGCAUUUGGGGCUGACAAUAAAAUGACUGCUUGGAAAUUUGAUCAAAAAACCGUUAGGAAUGGUCUAGCCUAUAUGAUGAUAGUUGAGGAAUUGCCUUUUAGUUUUGUGGAAAGGAAGGGUUUUAGGUAUUUUAUGAGCCUAAGUCAACCAUUAUUUAAAGUUCCAUCUAGAUCCACCAUUACAAGAGACGUAUACAAAGUUCCAUCUAGAUCCACCAUUACAAGAGACGUAUACAAUAUGUUUCUUGAACAAAAAACUAAAGUCCGUGGUUUUAUAAAAAAUAAUGUUGGUAAGAUUUGUUUGACAACGGACACAUGGACAUCUAAUCAACAAUCUAGUUACAUGUGUCUCACCGCCCAUUUCAUAGAUAACGAGUGGAAGUUAAGGAAUAAAGUCUUAUCUUUUUGUCUCCAAGAGAAUCACCGUGGGGUAGACAUUGGGAAAACAAUUGAAAAAUGUUUACAAGAAUGGGAAAUUGAAAACAUUUUAACAAUUUCAGUCGACAAUCCUAGUGCUAAUGAUGUUGCAAUAGACUUUUUAAAAAGGGUUUUCCAAAAUUCAAGCAAGUGUCUUCUAAAUGCUAAAUGGACACACAUUAGGUGCGUUGCACAUAGUAUAAAUCUAGUGGUCCAGGAUGGAGUUAAAAAAGUUGAUAAGGUAGUUGGUAAAAUUAGAUGGGCGGUUUAGUGGAUCAGGAAAUCACCUUCAAGGAUUGAGAAAUUCGACAAUUUUGCUACACUUGUUAAUGCCAACACAAAGAAGCACCUACUUUUAGACGUACCAACUAGAUGGAACCCACGUACCUAAUGUUGGAGGUUGCACAAUCUUAUGAGAAAACAUUUGAAAGAUAUGAUAUUGAAAAGUCUGUCUUUAGAACCGAACUUGAAAAAGCGGGUCAUGAGGAAAUUAAACCUGAAGAUUGGCAAAGUGUUAGAGAUUUGUGCCAUUUUCUGCAACCAUUUUAUGAUAUUACUAAGAGGGUCUCAGGGACACAUUAUGUAACAUCAAACUCAUGCAUAGAUGAGAUCUACCAAAUUCGUAAAAUAUUAGAUGAAGCUAUUAGCAGUAGUACUCUUUGUCAAAUUGCAAUGGCAAUGAAGGCAAAGUUUCAAAAGUAUUUUGGUAACAUACAAAAAAUUAACUUACUGUUACACUUUGCUCUGGUUCUAGACCCAAGGAACAAAAAACACUACCUGAAUUUACUUUUUGUCGAUUGUUAUGGAAAAGAGUUGGCGAAGGAGAAUUUGAAACUUGUUAUGGAUUCUAUGAAUGAGUUAUAUAAUGAGUAUAUUAGAAUUCAUUCCCAUAGUUCUAGUACUACUAUAGAGUCUUCAGAUUCAUCAAUAUUAGGUAAACGUCAAAAACCUGAAGAUACGACACCAAAAACACAAUUAAGAAACAAAUUAAGAGAAAUGAUGCAAACACAAACAAUUGAACCAGUUGGUGAGUUAGACAAGUAUUUGAAAGAAGCUUUUAAAAAGGAUUCGGAGAACUUCAAUCUUUUAGAAUGGUGGAAAGUUAAUAGCCCGAGAUUCCCGAUUCUAUCAUUAAUGGCUAGAGACUUAUUGGCCAUUCCAAUGUCAAUGGUGGCUUCUGAAUCGGUCUUUAGCACAAGUGGGAGGGUUUUGGACCCUUAUAGGAGUUCUUUGACUCCUAGGAUUGUUGAGAGUUUAAUUUGUACUCAAGACUGGCUUCGGGAUGGUUCUACUUUAAUCAAGAGUCUCUUAACUGAAGAAGACUGGGACACAAUCCAAGAAAUGGAUAAAGCAUUGGAUGAAGAGGAACAUGCAUGAAGUUGCAAGUUGGCAAUGUCUAAUUGAAGACUGAAGACUAAAGAGUGAAGCAGGAUAUGAUAUUUUUUCUGAUGAAUGAAUUGGAUUUUUUUUAUGUUUUGGUUUGGAACAUACAGUUUCUGCUAGACUAUUGUUGGAUACAAUUUUAGAUGAUGGUUUGGUUUUUUAUUUAAUUUAAAUGAUUAACACUU